UAGGCAUAAGCCUCUGAAACUUCCAAUCUUGUGCAGCACAACUUUUUGUUUCUUUGUUAAACCUCACAUGAUGAUGCUUCUCUCCCUCCUUCUCUAGCUUCCUUAUUUUCCUCUUCACCAGCGAAGCCAUCUGUGGUAGAUAGUCUCCGCCCAAUUCGGCACGCAACAAGAAUUGGCUCUAAAGUCUCUCAAGAUUCAUCAUCCUCUUUUUAAAUCAGCUGCAAUUCCAGAGUUGAACAUGAAUUCUGGGUCUGGAUCAGAAGCAAAAAUGGAGUCAAACAAGGAAACACAACAGAAAUCAGACAGUUUCGUGAUAGAAAUGGAAGCCUUUUCUCCAGCCAACAUCAACAAAGACAGUAACUCAAACUCGAGAAUCACGGUGCAGAGGAGUGUAUCAAGGAAAGGGUGGGGCGAUAAGAAGGUGAAUAUUGCAGCUGCUGCGAUCCGUGAUUGGGAUGCGAUACCUGCUGCAUGCUCCCCCUCCUCCAAAGGGUGUUGUGUGGCCGGCAUGCCGGAAAAGGUCGGGCCUCCGGUGGUGGGGUCCGGCGAUUAUUGUGACAGCCCACGGGUUCAUCACCAUAUCACUGUCGUCACGACGGCCACCGGGAAUGAAGCCAAAAGCAUAGCUCGUAGAAAUAGUUUCAAACGCCCUUCUCAUUUGGGCCUUGAUCCCAGGAUGGUUCUUGCAUUCUUUUCCAUUUUGUCGAGCAUUGGGACAAUUGUGCUGAUAUACUUGGCUCUCAGGACAAGCUAUUAUGAGUGAAAUGUUGACUGGGUUGAUUGGAGUUGGAAGCCAUGACUGAUAUAUGGAGCUUUAACUAGCGCUGCUUCUGCGCACUUGUCAUAGUCCAAACACUUAGAGAGUUGGAUUAUUAGCAAUAUUAUUUUAAUAUUUUAACUUUGUAGAUCCAUUUAACUUUAACAAACUUAGGAAGAGCUAGUAAAGUACAAAAUGUUAGUAUCUACUAUCUACUUCUCGAGCAAAUUUGGCCAAAA